UGCGUUCACUGUCAUAUGGAGCACUGAGCCCCGCUGCCUGCAGGAACCGCUUUAUAAAGAGCUAAAUUUACCAAACUUUACGUUGUUUCCUGAGCUCUCACAAUUGGCCAGGCGCACUCGGGUUAGAGAGGUAUAAAGUUUAGAGGACCUCCUUCCACUUCUACACUCGUUCAUGUCUUUGGAGCGCAGCUGCCGAGAGCGACAGUGAAAUAGGCGCACAAUAUCUGGUGCGGCUCAAUCUAAACGCGACUUUGACAAGAGAUAUAGUUAUUAUUUCACCAAACGAUGGCCUUAACCGGAGUGAUGCUGCCGUCAUUUUCGACAUUCUCAAACCAAAGAGAAAAAACAUGGGAAAACAGGUGGAAAGGAGACACGGACAAACUCGUCUCGGCCAGCUGCUCCAUGCUUGAAAUGGUACACAACCUGGACAAUCACAGCAAAAGGGACGACGAGGAUCUGAGUAAUUACUUAGAUCUGGAUUUUAUUCUCGCCAACACAACUGGCUCAGACAGCGCGGCGGAGUUUGUGGGCACAGCCGAUCUCAGCAUGUACACGGCGGGAGCCUCGGUGCCAUCCUACGCAACAGACGACCACCGCUCCCCGCCGCCGCCGUACGGCGCUAGCCUCAUGACAGAGCUGCUCCGCUCCGAAGGAACCAACAGCUAUGGCAUUACGCGCAACCCCUGCGUCCAGGGGAGAUUUUAUGUCAACACGGCGCAUUUUCCUCGCCAGGAGAUCAAAGUGGAGCCACCGAUGGAAGGCUACGGUCCCGUUUUGGGCAUGGUGCCCCAGAGCUGCAGCAAAAUCAAGCAAGAAGGGAACGUUUCGUGCAUGAUGUCCUUCGAGCAGCCCCGAGUUGCCAUCUCCCCGCGGGCAGCCAGCAACAUGACCCCGCCUCUCAGCCCCGACGACCUGGGAGCUUCGGACUGCCAGGCACAGAUGUGCCAGCCCAUGAACUACUCACAGAAGUAUCACACAACGGCGGCUUUCCCGCACCACCCUCAGGCUCCCCAGAUGCAAAUGUCCUACCACGCUCCGCAUCCUGCCUUUGGCAUGUACGAUGAAGGUCUCAGCCUGCAGCCGGGCGCGCAGAGGGUGAUGCUCACGCCGCCCUCCUCUCCCCUCGAGCUGCUGGAGUCCAAACCCAAGAGAGGACGACGCACAUGGCCGCGGAAGCGCACGGCGAGUCACACCUGCAGCUACGCUGGCUGUGGAAAAACCUACACCAAGAGUUCACACCUGAAGGCACAUCUCCGAACUCACACUGGUGAGAAGCCGUACCACUGCAGCUGGGAAGGCUGUGGAUGGAAGUUCGCCCGCUCCGAUGAGCUGACCCGUCAUUUCCGCAAACACACCGGACACAGGCCCUUCCAGUGUCACCUGUGUGAACGCGCCUUCUCCAGGUCUGACCAUCUGGCACUUCACAUGAAGAGACACAUGUGAAGGUGCCCACAUAAGGACUUGGGAGGGGGUUGUGUUUUAUUUUCUAUUGUGAUUCAACUGAUGUGUUUUUUUUAAUUUAAAUUGUUGUCCAAAAUGACCAAAGUCUUUUUAUAUGUAAUAUUGAAUGAAAAAGUUGUAGUGGUUUUAUAUUCUAAUAAUGUAGCUGGUACUACUUUGGUUCAAUAAAAGCUUUAGAAAAAGCUUUGUUUGCUUUAGAACAGGCAGAUCAAGAAGGGGCUGGCCCAGUAUAUAUACUACUCUUCUUUGACAGAACUGGAACGCUGUGUUUGACACAAAAGUGCCUUUCUAUGACUGCUACUGUAAAACUCUUAGUGAUAGAACAACAUGGCCACGCAACAGUGCAUGUUCUUAUUGACAGGGGUGAAAUGCACAUUGUUGCCUAACAUGUGCAGAGACAAUGUUUUAUUUAAACUGCCUCAAUGUC